CUCCAUCUUUGCCUGUCAGACUGAAAGACGGGUUAGUGCUCAAUAACGCGUUGCUUCUGCAAGCCGCGGAAGUGAAAGGACAGCAUGGCUGCUGAAGGGGAGAAAAAACGAGUCCUGGAAAUGGUCCAGGCUGAUGGGGCGGAUGAGGGCUCCGUGACAUUUGUGAUGCAUGAUGAAGACCAUACCCUGGGAAACUCCCUGCGCUAUAUGAUCAUGAAAAAUGAGUGUGUUGAAUUUUGUGGGUACACCAUCACACAUCCAUCAGAGAGCAAGAUCAACUUUCGCAUUCAGACAAAAGAUGGAACUCCAGCCAUCGAGACUCUUCGUAGGGGCCUGACUGAGCUCUGUGAUGUUUGUCAACAUGUUCUCAACACUUUUGAGGUGAAACUUCACUAUGGAUCAGAGCGCGGUCAAGCGAACAUGGAUCCUACCGGAUGUCAAGCAGCAGGUUUCGCUGCUGUCGACUCCCCUGAGACACUUCGCGACAACACACCCGUGGACAAACAUCUCUGACUAUCAGGCAAAAGUAAAUGAAUUCCAAGAGAAACAGGAGCAACCCAUGGAGUGACUGAAGAUCCAUCAUGCAAAAUUUCUUUGUCAUAUGUUCCUUUGAAUAUACAAUAUCUUAUUUAUAUUGUUUUAUACAUCAAACACCCUGAGAACCAGCGUCCUCUGCAGUGGACAUGCAUAACAAUGCAAUUUUUUGUAACUCUGACAAAAGACCAACAACAAUGUCCGCUGCAGAAGAUGCUGGACCUGCGGAGAAUGUGUUUUACUUAAGUCGUGGCACAUUUAAACUUUUGUACAGGCUGCUCUUUUGUAAGAUUUUUUUUUUUUUUUGUAUUCCAUUUGACCCUUUCAUACUUUAAGAAUUGUUGGCAUGUGACAUUAAACUUAAGAAAACAUC